UUACUCUAAUGUUCGUUUAAUACAUUGAUCGAGGGGAAUCAGACACAGUGUUGACAGUCAUCAGCUGAUCAAACAGGAAGACGCUACGAGAAAACCGUGUGCAGAUUCUGGAAAUAUAACACAGUACUACCAUGGCCAGUCGGGGGGCGAGUGAAACACAAAAAUUACGACAGCAAAUGGAAGAUCAGUUGGACAGAUUAGUGGCACAGUUAUCUGAUCUUGAAGAAUGCAAAGCAGACUUAGACGAAGAGGAAUAUGAAGAGGUUCGAAAAGACACCAUUGAACAGCUGAAUGAAUUUCAGUCAUCACUUUCACGGAUGACCAGCGGUGAUAUGACAUUAGUUGAUUCCUUUAAUGCAAUGCAGUUGGCCAUCCAAGCAGCAAUAUCUCAAGCUUUUAAGACACCAGAAGUCAUCCAGAUGUUUGCAAAGAAACAACCAGAUCAGCUGAGAGAGAAACUAUCCCAGAUUGAAAGAGACCAGAAGAUAGGCAAGCUUCCUGUUGAACCUUACACACAGCAAAAGGUUGAGAUCUUAAGUGCUCUGCAGAAAUUGGGGGUGUCCUUGACAGCUGCUGAGCAAAGUUUCCUAGAUUCUCAUGGUUCUUCCCUCAUGAAGAACUUUGACCAGGUCACUGAUGAGACAGGUAAACAUAUUAAUGGCUUUUCAGAUAAGUGAUCUUUUUCAUUCAUU